GUAAAAAUCACAACUAUGCGUCGAUGACUGUAUUGUCUUGGCUUGUAUUGGUUGGGGCCUUAGGGCCGCUUAGGGCCGAUGACCCCAUACCACUGCACAUCGGCGGUACAUUUCCUAUGGAAGCUGGUUCGGGGGGAUGGGCUGGUGGACAGGCUUGUCUUCCCGCAGUACAAAUGGCCUUAGAAGAUGUUAACAGUAGGCCUGAUGUAUUACCUGGGUAUGUGCUCCAUAUGAAUACGAGCAAUUCUAAGUGUCAACCCGGUCUCGCCACUCAGCAGCUUUAUGAUUUAUUGUAUACACCUCCUACUAAAUUAAUGUUAUUAGCCGGUUGUUCACCUGUAACUACUGUGAUAGCCGAGUCAGCACCCGUUUGGAAGCUAGUUGUGGUUUCUUACGGUGCCAGCUCACCAGCAUUGUCGAAUAGGGAACGAUUUCCAACUUUAUUUCGAACGCACCCAACUGCCAAUAUGCAAAAUCCAACGAGAAUGCGGUUAUUUGAGAAAUUUCGCUGGAAGAAGGUUACGAUACUGCAAUCAGUAGAGGAAGUCUUCACAACUACAGCAAAGGAUUUGGAGGAGCUCGGACGAAGUAAAGGCAUCCGCGUAGAGCGCCAAAGCUUUUACGGAGAUCCUACAGAUGCCAUGAAAACCCUUCGCCGACAAGAUGCCCGGGUCAUCGUUGGUCUCUUCUACGUCACCGAAGCCAGAAGAGUGCUCUGUCAGGCAUACCAUUACAACCUUUAUGGCCGUAAAUACACCUGGUUCUUUAUUGGAUGGUAUGCUGACACUUGGUACAUCCCACCACCAGAUGAACAUCUUAACUGUACCGCAGAGCAGAUGGCGGAAGCAGCUCAGUACCACUUUACCACUGAAAGUGUGAUGCUGUCUCGGGACGAGAACGCUACCAUAUCCGGAAUGACUGGACGAGAAUUCCAAGCUAGACUGACAGCCAUGCUCUCGCCAGACUCGGAUCCGGCAAACACUGGUGGUUUUCCUGAAGCUCCUCUCGCCUAUGAUGCUGUUUGGGCACUGGCUCUGGCGUUCAACUGCACGCGUAAUCGAUUGCCGAAGGGCGUUCGGUUAGAACAAUUUACUUACGACAACCAGAUGAUUGCCGAUAUUCUGUUCGAGUGCGUCAAAAACACGCUCUUCCGAGGGGUUUCGGGAAGAGUGAUGUUUUCGGACUCUGGUGAUAGGAUAGCAAGAACACAAAUUGAGCAAAUGCAGAACGGCAAAUAUGUUGUCAUGGGCUUUUAUGACACGACAACGCAAGAGUUGGAAUGGUACGGUAAGGAGCAGUGGUACUCGAGCAAAGGUCCACCACCGGAUUCGACAAUCAUCCGCGAGUCGAUGCUUACCGUCGCCAGUGAGCUCUAUUAUGCUGUUUCUGUUUUUGCGUUUAUUGGUCUAGCUCUAGCAGCAGGGGCCUUCAUCUUCAACAACAAAUACGCAUUUCGCGGGGUGAUCGUUCAAUCACAGCCUCAAUGCAACAACAUCAUGAUUAGCGGCUGUUCAUUAUGCAUCGCUUCGUUGUUUUUGAUGGGUCUGCCCUCUGAGGGGAUUGCAUUGCCUCAAUCAGCAUUUUCUAUACUGUGCCAUUCGCGAAUAUCCAUUUUGAUGAUUGGCUUCACUUUUGCAUACGGGUCGAUGUUUGCCAAAGUAUGGAUAGUGCAUCGAAUGAGCGCCAGCGAAAAUCAGCAGUUGGCUAGUCGCCAGAAGGACGAGGAGGACGGUUCGCCAUGGGAGAGCAUCCGAACGCUGAUCGCGUCGGUCGUCGGACGUCAGGCGUACGUGGCCGCGGCACUUCGAAAAGUUUCCAGUAAUGCUUACGGCACGCUUGCCGUCUCUAGGCGGAUCAACACUCUGAAUCAGCCUAUUCCUCCUGGAAGAUUCUACGCUGUAAUCACUGCAUUCUUCGUCAUAGAUUUAAUUAUCAUAGUAUGCUGGAUCGUGUUUGAUCCUCUGCAACGGAUAGAGCAGCGAUUCCCUUUAUUGGAGCCUCCUGCUGGCAGCGACGACGAUGUUAUGUUACUGCCAAUUUUAGAAUUGUGCCAAAGUUCACAUCAGGAAUUAUGGAUAGGUCUUGUACUCGGCUACAAGUGCCUGUUGUUAGUGUUUGGCUUGUUUCUCGCAUACGAGUCUAGAAACCUCAAGCUACGCUAUGUGAACGACUCCCGCCUUGUUGGUCUUGCUAUCUACAAUGUGGCGAUACUUUCACUAGUAACGGGUCCUGUCACAACGCUUCUUAUCCGGAGUCAAGCAAAUGCCAAUUUUGCGUUUGUUGCUGCUACGGUUCUUUUAUGUACUUAUAUAUCGCUUGGGUUAGUGUUCGUGCCGAAGAUACGGUUUAUCUACCGCGUCCCUCCUUCGGCUGAUGAGGCUCACCCCAAUGGUAACGCUGUAAUGCGUGGUUUGUCGAAGUCAGAUCAGAAACGCUAUGAACAUCUACGGCACGAGAACGAAGUACUUCAAAAGCAGAUCGAUGAGAAAGAACGACGAAUACGACAAUGCAAAGAACGUCUGGAACGACUUCUGAACAAGGAUGAGGAUCUGCUGUCAAUUUCGGGAGCCGCAAACAAUACCCGAAGUGUGUCCGAUGACAAGGAGACGUUCUCUACUCCGACAACGCUAACAACCACUGCACUAAUAGAGUUGCAACCUAGCAAUGAGAAUACGGGUCGCUAUAUGGCAAUAGAAAAUGAGAACUCGAGUUCUUCUUCCGAUGAGAUUUUAUUAUGAUGCUUGUGCGGACUUCUAUGCACGAUUUGAUUGCCGUUUCUACAGCAGUGUCAUCUCAACUCCCUCUACUUGUUGUAUGCAUAUUUUACCACUUAAAAACUCAAUUCAAGCCACAAAUGUGCCAUUACUUGCAGUUUACAAUUUGUGCACAACCGCUUACCUCUUACUGUAUUCAGUUGUUUCAUUAUGCACAAAAAUCAACGAGUUCCAAAACACUUUCAUCUACUUUCUCGCCAAUUUCACCUUCU